GACAUCGUUUUGGUACUAUGUUGUACAGCUACUAGCGACAGUUUUGAACGACGGGAUAGCGAACUGUUUCUUUUCAUCGUAAACCGGGGAGCGGGACCUGCUUCUUGUUCGCCUUCGAACAAACUUUCGUUUUUAUGUAUCUGGUAGAGAAGUAAGUGUUUACAUGUUGUGCAAUUUUCAGUGUUUGCGUGAAGACUUCCAACGGGCGAAACACAUCAGUUCGCCCGGAGGGUCAUCGUCAGCGACGACACCCUCUGCUCCGAUAGCGUCAGCCGUUUAGAAAAUGACCGGAGAGAAGAUCCGCUCCUUGCGCAAGGACCACAGGCCAAGCAAGGACGAGGAUUUACUGGAACCAGACGAGGAGGCUGCUACCGGGACUUUCAGCGCCUCCAAGACAAACAACAAGAGCCGAGCAAGUAAAAUAUUCAGCAACCAUAAGUUAAGCAAGUCGUCAUCCACACAACAACAACAACAACAGAACCAACAGUCACAGAUCAAUGCUAACACCAACACGCUGUCAUCAUCGGAAGUUAUCGAUGACAACAACAAAAACCCUAUUAUCCGAACAGGGCUGGACUUUCCGGUCCACGAAUGUGUCUUUAAAGGAGAUGUCCGACGACUGUCUUCGCUCAUACGGACUCAGAAUAUCGCCCAGAAAGACGUUCAUGGAAACACACCGUUGCAUCUUGCCGUUAUGAUGGGACACAAAGAGUGUGCCCAUCUGCUGCUGGCCCACAAUGCACCAGUGAAGGUGAAAAACGCUCAGGGAUGGAGUCCCCUUGCUGAGGCCAUUAGCUACGGAGACCGACAGAUGAUCACAGCACUGCUGAGGAAGCUGAAGCAACAAUCUAGGGAGAGUGUGGAGGACAAGAGGCCCAAACUGCUGAAAGCCCUCAAAGAGCUUGGAGACUUUUACUUGGAGCUUCACUGGGACUUCCAGAGUUGGGUGCCUUUGCUCUCCAGAAUCCUGCCUUCGGAUGCAUGCAAGAUCUACAAGCAAGGUAUCAACAUAAGAUUGGAUACGACCCUGAUAGAUUUUACGGACAUGAAGUGUCAGCGUGGUGACCUCAGUUUCAUCUUCAACGGCAAUGCCAUCCCCUCAGAGUCUUUCGUUGUGCUGGACAAUGAACAGAAAGUCUACCAGCGGAUACACCACGAGGAGUCUGAGAUGGAGACUGAAGAGGAAGUGGACAUUUUGAUGAGCAGCGAUGUUUACUCCGCUACUCUCUCCACCAAGUCCAUCACUUUCUCCAGGGCGCAGACUGGCUGGCUGUUCAGAGAAGACAAGACAGAGCGUGUGGGAAACUUUCUGGCAGAUUUCUACUCUGUGAAUGGCUUAGUGCUAGAGUCCAGGAAGAGACGAGAGCAUCUAAGCGAGGAGGACAUCUUGAGAAACAAAGCCAUCAUGGAGAGCCUGAGCAAAGGAGGGAACAUCAUAGAGCAGAACUUUGAGCCAGCAAGGAGGCAGUCUCUAACUCCACCUUCCCCCAACACUAUAUCCUGGGAAGAAUACAUCUCUGCUGACAAUGGAAAAGCUCCCCAUCUAGGAAGAGAGCUGGUCUGCAAAGAGAGCAAGAAAAACUUUAAAGCCACAAUAGCUAUGAGUCAGGACUUCCCUCUGGGCAUUGAAUCGUUAUUGAACGUUCUGGAGGUGAUUGCACCCUUCAAGCACUUUAAUAAACUCAGGGAGUUUGUUCAGAUGAAGCUCCCCCCUGGCUUUCCAGUCAAACUUGACAUCCCCGUGUUUCCUACGAUCACAGCCACGGUGACGUUUCAGGAGUUUCGCUACGAUGAGUUUGAUGAAUCCAUUUUUACCAUUCCCAGCGAUUAUAAAGAAGACCCAAGCCGCUUCCCUGACCUUUAACCUCACACGCUGGACUUUCAGCUGCAAAUGAGAAAAAAGACAGCUUUAUGCUCCAAUGCAUACAGUAUGUAUUUAAACAAAACUAAACAGUGGUGAUCCCCCUUACUCAAACCUGAAAGAAGACAGCAACAGGACCCCCAGACACACGGAGAGGUCGCCAGCUCCUCGCAGUAACAAAGUGUUUGGAGAUAUAGUGUUGCAAGAAGUGCUGUUAAGAGUUGGAUCAUCUCAGCACUGAAAGGGCAUUGAAGUUAAAAUGAGUGGCAACAGAACAGAUGAGUAUUCUGUGUAUGGUAACCAGUUCAGACAAUGCUUUGUAUUAAAGUGUGUAAGUAAUGUUUAUAAAGGGACUGUCUUAAACUGACCUGUAGUAAAAGCACUGAUAUUACUGUUUAAGACGCUAGAGAGGAAUUCCAUUCAAAAUUACACCCACUUGCCAGUAUAUUAGGUACACCAGUGAAAAGAAUGCGGUUUAGUAUUAUAGCCCUACACUAACCCCCCCCCCUGUCAUGUUUGUUGUAAUGUUUAUAUCAAAAAGUGUUUAAAAGAUGUAGCUGGACUUGAGUUUGAGUUUAUAGAAGACGUUUCGCCACUCAUCUGAGUAGCUUCUGCAGUUCUGUUGUAAUGUUCAUUUUAUGCUGAAAUAGUGUACGAAAGGUGGCAAUUAAACAGUGCGAUCAUUUCAGAGGAUGUAAUUUGUGGCACUGUUUAACUAAAUGAGUUGUGUCGGUACAUAACAGAGUUCAAGCGUACUACAAACCACAGCCUCCAAAAUGAAAACACGGUUGAAUCUCAGCUCUUUAUUAAUUUAAACUUGUGCCGAAUGCCAUAAAAAUUCUAAAGCAAAGCUUUAUGCAGGGUUGUAAUAUUAGAAUGCAUUUAUUUUCACUGGUGUGCUUGAUGAACUGACAAGUGUGCAUCAUUUUUACUUUAUUUUCCUACUAGACAAAAAAAUUUCAAGGUGCAAAAUAUGUAAUUUUAAUUAUGUGAUAGUCCAUUGAAGGUAAAGUCAAAGAAGACUCUUUUAAAUAUAUCAGACCUUAAUAUCUGCAAAAAAGUUUAGUCCUUCUGUAGGUCAGACACUUAAAAAUUAUUUUGUGUUAAAUUUCCACUCGAACUCUGCACAAAAUUGUGUGAGUGUGUUCAACAGUGACUUUCAAUGACAGGCACGGAGUAGCAUCAUCUUUUGGACACUGUUUAGAUCCACUACAGCUACUUUCGGUUGACUUCAUAGACACUUAUUUUGUGAUCCUGAACCUUCAAAUCAUUGAGACAUUGCUAGUAGUGCUGCACAUUUUUAUGGUACCACAUCUCUUUGUAUGCUAACCAAGCCUUUUUUUUCUUAUGUCACCUUAUAAAUUAUACAGUCCUGCUAAAAGUUGAAGAGUAGAGGGAUGAGCAAGUACAACACUCAUGCUAUUUUUACACAUACCAGGUCUCUCCCCUCCACCGUAUGUGAAUCAUGUUUAAUCAUCAUGUUUUAUUUACUUAUUUUCUUUUACCUUUUUUUUAUUCCUUUGUACUGAUGUUUCAGGCAGGAAGAGGUGUGUAUUUUUUAUGUAGCAUAAUUUGAGUCAAUUUCAGAGUUUAUUGGUUUGUAAAUGGUGGAAGUUGCUUUUUUGUACGUGUGUUGUUUUGAAGUAGAAGAGAAAAGAAUCUCAUGUGAUUUUUGCCUCCAUGAUAAAACCAUGAACCUCCUCCAGAUGUGCAGAACCAGUAAUCAUUUCAGCUGUGUGAAAAGCACAAAGCACCAGGGAGAAUUCAGUCCCUAAAAGCCAGGGUGUGGUUAAGAUACAUGUUAACAGGUGUCACGUCUCUUGAUGCUGCUGACACAAACAGUUCCUGCAGAUUCAGGUGUUAAUAUAGUACCAGUAGUAGUUGUUCCUAACAUGCACAUUAUAUCCAUAUUCAGUAUCAUAACCAAAUAGUUUCAUUUCUCACAUGACAUUCCUUACUGGUAGGUGUUAGCAGCAAGUGGAAGUGUGCCUCCUCACUGACUUCAUGCUAUCCAUUUGAUUUGUUGCUCCUUGACUUCAGCUGCCUGGACUUUACCCGUUUUCUGUAGGACAUUAUUCAUCCAUCUUCAUGGUAGUUGGACAGCAAAAAGGCCUGUUGUAUAAGUCUAAGACACUAUUUUCAUAUAAAAUGUACUAAAAUAAAAAUCCACAUAUCUAA